AUGGGGAUUGGGGAAAUUGGGAUGAUGAGAAACCCCCCAAAAUUAAAUAAUCUAUAACUCCUUGAAUUCAGCAAAGUUUGAUUGUGUUUGCAGUCACACACCUACAUUUGUUUUCUUUCUUUACAAUUUUCCAAACAAAUUGUCACUGAUAUAACAUACACUUUCUCUUUAGUUCUUUUCUUUUUAUGUCAUAUUCUGUGUCUUCUACUUUUGUUUCUACUCUCCAACAAGUCCCUCUUGAAAGUAAAUUAGAUGAAUGGUACCACACCACAAAGUAGCUAGCUCUUCUUUUUAUAUGUAUACAAUGGUCUAUUAUUAUUAUUAUUAUUGUCAUCUAUUUCUCUUUCUUUUUUGACUUUGCAAUGAAAAGCAACUCUAUUAUUUUAAAAAUUUGGUUUGAAAUUUCAGUCCCUUAAUUAAGGCUCUAUUAUUUCCUUGCUAUUUACAUCAGCAGUUAUAUAUAUAUUUAGGUUAGUUAUUUGAUUGAAGCUUAAUUGGUUGGAACUUGGAAACACAGCUACCUUAAAGUUGCUUGGUUAUGUUGUCUGAAAUAGUUGCUCCUCGUCUUUCAUUCUCCCUUGAAGACAGCGAGGAGAAGGAUGUUCCUCGAAAAGACACACUGCUUUUGGGUUCAAAUGAAGAUGAAUUUGAGUUUAGCAGAAACAACAGCAUAGAUUACGAGUCAUCUUGUUGUGCAGAUGAGGUUUUCUCCAACGGAGUGAUGAUAACAGAGAAAGAGAAAAGCAACACAAGCAGAAAGCACAUGCGGUAUAUGAAGCUGCCUCCACUUGCAUCGUCACCAACAAGCAAGAGCAAGAAACUAGAAGAGAAGAGAAGCGAGUCAAAGUCUUCAUUCUGGGGAUUCGGUAGAAGCAAGAGUCUCAACAACUGUGAUAGAAAGAAGAAGUUGAUGUGUUCUUCGAGUCCUUUAAUGUUGUCGCGUAGCAAGUCAACGGGAUCAGCAUCAGUUCCUGUUCCAAAGAACAACAAGCAGCAAUCCAGAUCAGCGAUGAUGAAUAUGUAUCCUCCUCGAUCAUCGUCAUCAUCAUAUGCAAAUAAUGGGCAUCGUGUUAGUCCUGUAUUGAACGUUCCAACCCCUGUUUCUCUCUUUGGUUUGGCUUCUUUCUUGCGUCUCGGAAAUUCAAAUAAGCUUCGUAAGACUACCAAGAACUAAUUAAUCAAUCAUCUUCUUUUUGCCUUUAGCUUUUCGUUUAUCAUUUUAUCAUGAAUCAAGUCUUAAUCAUGUACCUGUACAUAUGUCUUUAGCUUGUUCAUAUUAUGUCAAUGUGAAACGAUGCUCUUUCAGUUCAACUAA